AUGCUAAGAGAACAACAAGCCUUGAGAAAGGCAGCACUUGAAGCAGCACCUGUCAGAACCCUGAGAGAUAUUGGAUCUGCAUUGGGACCUUCGACAAUUUCUAAUGUUAUGAAGUUGAAGUCUAACAUUUGGAUUAUCAGUCAUCCUAAUAGACAUAGUUCCGCUGUUGAUAUCACCAAGAAGAAGUGUGUGCUCUUCUCCCAGGUAUACUCCUGUCAUAGAGGUGGAAGCUAUGAACCUGAAAGCAGAGAAAAGCAUCCAAUUCAACGUAAAUCGAAGAAAGUCAGCUGUAAGGCAACUCUCACUAUUACUUGUUAUGCUGACAAGUCUCAUGUUUACGUGUUUGAUUUUAUUGCCAACCACACCAACCAUAUUCCUGGGGAUAUUAAAACCGAUCUUGGACUUAUUCCUUUAACUCGAGGUCGUGUUGAUGAUAUUGUUGCCCGUUUGACAGCCAGUCCAGGCUCAUCAGCUAGAAAAAUCAGACUUGAGAUUCUUUGCGACAUCGACCAGCAAGAGUAUUCUCUCAAUAGACGUAAAAUCAACUACUUUGAUAUUUACAACAAAAUACUUGCAAUCAACCAAACAAUCUUUCAUUUGCAUAAGGACGACUUUAAGUCUAUGAAGAUGUGGUUUACUGAAAAACUUUCUCCCAAAGGUUUUAUUAUCUUUGAAGGUAACCUGCAGACAUAUUCGAACGAUGAGAGCCUGUAUGCAUGUAGAUUUACCUUGCCUUUCCAGCAAAUCAAGAUAAAAGCUGCAGCAAAAUUCUGUAUGGAUGCCACCUACAGUAUCACUCAAAAAUCAAAUGACAUUCUUUAUACUAUUGUCAUUCGUGAUGAAGAACUUGAUCGUGGUUUCCCCUGUGCAUACAUGCUGACCAAUGACCAUUCCUUAGGUCCAAUUAUUCAAUGGUUGAAGCACUUGAAAGUCAAUCAGUUGGUUGUAAACCCCCAGCAGUUCACUACUGACUGUAGUGAUGCUGAGACAAAUGCACUCAUGGCAAUCUUCCCUGGAUGCCAGAUCCAAUACUGUCUUUUUCAUGUCAGUCAAGCAUGGUACAGACAACUAAACCUGAAAGUCAAGACAGGAAAUACUGCUGCUCAAAACCGUUUGGUUCAAGGAGAAAUGCUGACUUUUCUUAAGCAUAUCAUGUAUGAAGAGCAUAUAGUUGUAUUUCUUGACAAGAUUGCUGACUUCAUUGGAAGAUAUCAGCAAAGUCAACCUGAUUUUGUCCGAUACUUUGAGACCAACUGGUAUACCAUGGCUAAGUAUUGUGUUUGGAGUAGAGCUUUUCAUCAGCUUGAAUUCUCUCACAUGCUAACAAACAACUACAUCAAGUCUUGGCACAACUAG